AUGUUAAAUACACCUCCAAAACUAUACGAAUUAUGCCUGGACGUAGCGGUAGCGGACAGUGUAUCCGUUUGUAAAUUUUGCCAAAAAGAAUUCAGAUCUCUACCUAAUAAUGUAUUGUUUGAUUUCUAUUACAAGAUGUUUCUGGAGAAGCGACUCUGCCUUUUAGCUGUAGAACUUAGCGAAUUAGAAGUAUUUAACAGAGUCAUAUCAGUGAAACAUCAAAGGACGAAAUUUUUAAGAAGUUUCCAAUCCUUGAUAGACCAUGGUGCAAACAUAGCACAACUACUUAUCAAAACAUAUGUCACAUACUGCCAGGAAGUCGAUUCUAAUGAUUUGAUUGCCAUAGAAACUGGAUUGAAAAUUGGUUCAUUUUUCAAUGAAGGAGGUUUGUUCAAUUACUCUGUAGAAGUGUUGAGUAUUGUUGAAGAGGUAUGCAAGAGAAGGACUAGAGAUGUCACCAUGCUAAGGAUGUUACUGGAUUGUUAUCACAAACGCAUUUACGCCGAAGCCAUUUAUUGCGAUUUCGAAAACGCCACUGAAACGUUUGAAUCUGCCGAAGAAGUAGUCAGGGAAUUAGAAGCUCUAGGGGCUUUACCGAAUCUGGCUGGGCUUUAUUCAAAUUUCUCGUUCUUAUACUUCGUGAGGAGCGAAUACGAUGAGGCUUAUUCUUGGGCGAUAAAAGCUCUAAGGCUGGUCACUGAGGAUUUACCACCAAGGAUAAUAAUCGAAGUUUUACGCCAAGCUUCGAAAUCGUGUGUGGUGAAACGAAAAUUCACCCCUGCUGGUUUAUUGAUCUCGCAAGCCGUCAAUAUGGCGUCCGAAAUGUACAAAAUGGACGGUCAUCCGCACUUCUCGGACACGUUGUUGGAUUACGGAUUCUAUCUGUUGAAUUUCGAUUCGAUCCAGGAGAGCGUCAAGGUGUACGAAAAGGCGUUGGCCAUCAGGAAGGAGGUGUUCCAAAAGAACAAUAUCAGGGUGGCGCUCGGACACGAGGACUUGGCGUACGCCUUGUACGUGUACGAGUACAGUUCGGGCAGGUUCUACGAAGCGAGGGAAAACGUCGAACGUUCGGUGCGUAUCAUGGAACGUAUCCUGCCCGAAGACCAUCUCCUUUUGGCGUCCGUGAAACGUGUUAAAGCUCUCAUUCUGGAAGAAAUCGCUCUGGACGAACGAAACAACUACUCGCUGCAAUCCCAAUACUUCGACGAGGCGCAUACGUUACACAAAACGGCGCUUAUGUUGUCAUACAAGGCGUUUGGCGAGAAGAACGUCCAAACGGCCAAACACUACGGUAACUUAGGCCGAUUGUUUCAGAGCAUGAAGCGGUACGAUGACGCCGAGAAGAUGCACCUGAAGGCCAUCGCCAUCAAGGAGGAGUUGUUGGGAGAUAACGAUUACGAGGUGGGGCUCAGCGUGGGACACUUAGCGUCUCUUUACAACUACCACAUGAAGCGGUACAAAGACGCCGAGCAGUUGUACCUGCGUUCGAUCAACAUCAAUCUCAAGCUGUUCGGCGAAGCGUACAGCGGACUCGAGUACGACUACCGCGGCCUCAUCAACAUCUAUACCAAGCUGGUCGAUUCGACCAAUAUGAUCCACUACAUGUACAAGAAACGCGAAUGGAAGAACCUCAGAGAAAAGAUCCAACCCAUCGAGCACGAUUCGGAAUUGAAGCCCGUCAAGGAAGUGAUCGCAAAGUUCUUUCAAAUGACAGAAUGA